AAUGGCGUCAAUGACGUGAUCUGACGGCAACUACAUUGACAACUAUGGCCAUCUAUUGGUAAAUUCCGGUUUCAUAUUUACAUACCUGGUACAAGUAGUUGUUAACGCAAGAUUAGAAAUAAUUGAUAUAGUUGCACGUUGGCCAGGAUCUGUGCAUAAUGCAACUAUUUUUGAUCACUCAAGGAUCAAAAAUUUAUUUGAAGCAGGCACAUUCGGUAUUGGUUUGCUUCUUGCGGAUUCUGGAUAUCCAAACUUACCAUACGUGAUGAGUCCAUCACACUAUCCAAUAACUCCACCAGAACAUCUUUACAAUGAAGCUCAAAUUAGAACUCGCUCAAUAGUUGAACGAUUUUUUGGAAUUUGGAAGGAGAGAUUUGCAGUUUUAUCGAUUGGAAUGCGUUUUCAAACAAUUGAAAAAAUACUUCUCAUUAUUAUAGCGACAGCUGUAUUACACAAUAUUGUCCAACAGAAUAUUCAACAAGAUCGAAUUGAUCCCCAUGCAUACAAUAAUGCUGUUGCAAUAAUGCAAAAUAUAGACAAUAGGAAUGUCCAUGAUAAACGACGAGUAAUUGUGGAAUACUUUGGAAGAUUGAUUUGAACACUAUUAUUAACAUCGGACUCAAAAGGCUUCAGCA